AUGAAAUUAUGUGGUAAUGAAGACACAAUUGACGAACUUGAAAAGGAAGUGAAUAUGUUGGACAAAUUUCGGAGUAAGUACAUGGCCCACCUCUAUGGCGCUAUGUUUAUUACAAAUAAAGUGUGUGUGGUCACUGAAUUAGCACAAUAUGGAUCUUUACAAGACUUGAUAAAACACAAAAUGAAUGAUGAAGUUGACAUGAAAAUGCGAGUAAAAAUAUUGUUAAAAGCAUCAAAUGUAAUUUCAUAUUUGUACUCAAAUAAUAUUUUACACAGAGACAUCAAGCCAGACAAUAUUCUUGUGUUCCGACUGAAUUUAAACAACAAAGCAAAUGCUAAGUUGACUGAUUUUGGAACAAGUCGAAAUGUCAACAUGUUGAUGACGAAUAUGACAUUCACUAAGGGAGUUGGAACACCUAAAUAUAUGGCACCUGAAAUUAUGAACAAAAAGCAUUACAAAAAACCAGCAGAUGUCUAUUCUUUUGCUAUUACAAUGCUUGAAUGCUUUUUGUGGAGUGAGGCGUUCCCAAAAAGUACUUACAUAUUUCCAUGGACUUUUGCAGAUGAUGUAGCUUCUGGGAAAAGACUAAUGACCAUUAAAACACUUGAUAAAAAGUAUAGAAAUGUCAUUGAAAAGUGUUGGAAACAAAAGAUUCAAAAGAGUGGUACUAUCAAUGAAAUCAUUGACGAGCUUAAAACAAUAAUUUAA